GCGGGGAAGAGCGGGACGGGAGGACCGGAAGUGGGCGGGGCCGUGAGGCCGGAAGUGCGGGCGCUGAGGGGCGGCCAUGGGCCGCAGCCGCUCCCGGUCGCCGCCGCGGCGCGAGCGCAGGAGGUCGCGAUCCACCUCACGGGAGAGGGAGAGGAGGCGAAGAGAGCGAUCCCGGUCCCGGGACAGGGACAGGAGAAGGAGCCGUUCUCGCUCCCCGCACAGGAGACGGUCCAGGUCACCGAGACGGCACCGAUCCAGCUCCUCCUCCCCACCACGGCUGAAGGAAAGGCGGGAUGAAGAGAAGAAAGAGAUAAAGGACUCCAAAGGCAAAGAGCGACAGAUCACGGAGGAAGAUUUGCAGGGCAAGACGGAAGAGGAAAUUGAGAUGAUGAAAACGAUGGGCUUUGCCUCUUUCGACACGACAAAAGGAAAGAAGGUGGAUGGUGCCGCAAAUGCGUACGCCAUCAAUGUGUCCCAGAAGAGGAAGUACAGGCAGUACAUGAACAGAAAAGGAGGAUUCAACAGGCCGCUGGAUUUCAUCGCUUGACUCCGGGCUCGCUCAGGGGGAGGAGAGAACCGCCCGACGAGAAGGACUCCGCUUCCUCGCACGCACGCGGGCGGCUCGGAGACCGGAUUUCGGAGGAAUUUGGGUUAUUCCCGGCAAAUCCCGCCGCAGUCACCCUGCCCUGCAGCGGGCACGACUCACCGUUUCCCAAAAUCUUUUUAUUUUUCUUUUUUUACAAUAUCCCUUGUGGUUUGUUCCCUCGCCGGGAUUUCGUUGUAUUUUUUCCGUUGUUUUUUGACGUUGCACCGUGUUCCCUGUUACAAUAAAACCCAUUAUAAAUAUA